UUUGGGCUGUUGGAUGUCAAGGAGUAAAAAAAGAAAAAAAAAGAAAGGGAAGAAGGAAGAGGCGUGAAAAAUGUCUCAUGUUGAAGCAAUAACCACAGAGGAGAUUCUUCAGGUGUACGAGAUGUGUCUGAGCAAUAUAAAUUUGGGCAAAAUGCGGGAUUUGAGGAAUGAUGCCAAACUCCGUGCUGUGAAUACGGCAGCGACUUAUGAGGAAUUUGAGGACAUUGUCAACUCUGCACACUUGAAACCGUUCCGGAAGGGUGAGAAGGAACGUAUUGAGCAGAUAAAAAAUCCACGUUGGAAUACAUCCAUUUAAAAAGAAAAAAGAAAAGAGAAAAAACCGAAAAUGAGAUUACGUCUUGUUUCUCUCGUUUCGUAUACCCCA